AUGCGAAUCCUCGAUCCUUGUGCAAAAUGCCUGGACAGCCGCUAUGCAAAGGAUUGGAACAAGAGAGAUGGUCCCCGAUAUUCACCCAUGGCGGUGAUCCCCGACCGGAGAGCUAUCUACGACUUUGACUGGCAAGGCGUAAAGCCUCCGGGAAAGCACUUGAAGGACUUGGUGAUCUACGAGACCCACGUGCGGGGCAUGACUCGGAAUCCAGAUAGCAAACUGGACGAUUGGGACCAAACGGCUGGAACCUUUUUAGGCUUUAUCCAGAAGAUCCCUCAUUUGCUCGAGAUGGGCAUCAAUGCAGUUGAGUUAUUGCCAGUGUACGAGUUUGACGAGACGGCUUGUCCAAGGAGAAACCCAGAGAACGGAGAACAGCUUUGCCACUUCUGGGGAUACUCCACUGUAAACUUUUUUGUCCCAAUGCAGCGCUUUUCUUCAAGAGAUCGGAUCGGUGCUGCGAUCGUUGGUUUUAAAACCAUGGUUCGAGAGCUUCAUCGUCGAGGCAUUGAAGUCAUUCUCGAUGUGGUCUUCAACCAUACUGCAGAAGGUGCUUGGGGCGAACAUUUUUGGCAUAGCUGGGCUGCCAUAGCAAAGCAUCGCUACUACAUCCUCAACAACGGGCAUGACACAAACUACACAGGUUGCGGAAACACUGUAAGUGCAAAUGACCCAAUGUGUUCUGACUGGAUUGUCGAAUGCUUGUGCUACUGGGUGGAAGAGAUGCAUGUUGAUGGCUUCCGUUUCGAUCUGGCAUCGGCGCUUACGAGAGGAGGCGAUGGCAAGGUCUCCAUGGACCCACUCCUCAUGCGGAAGAUGGCGAAUGAACCAAAGUUGAAGAGAGCAAAGUUCAUUGCAGAAGCAUGGGAUUGCUCUUGGCCAGAUGGCUACCUCGUUGGAAAGUUCCCUUCUGGUGGACCCCCGAGAUGGGCGGAGUGGAACGGCAUUUUCCGAGACACCGUACGGUGCUUCAUCAAAGGAGAUGCUGGCAAGAAGGGAGACUUUGCCACCAGGAUUUGUGGCAGCUCUGAUCUUUUCAAGCACAACGGAAGAAAGCCUUACCAUUCCAUCAACUUCAUCACUGCUCACGACGGCUUCACCCUUAAGGACCUGGUCUCCUACAAUGGGAAACACAACACCUGCAAUGGGGAAAACAGCGGUGAUGACCACAACAACUCCUGGAACUGUGGUCACGAAGGGGAAACAGGGGAUGGCGGCAUCAAGCACCUCCGAAGCCGGCAGAUCCGGAAUUUCAUGGUUGCGCUCUUCAUGAGCGCCGGUACUCCGAUGAUCCUCUAUGGUGAUGAGUAUGGUCGAUCGCAGAGAGGCUGCAACAACGGCUGGUGUCAAGACGCCCGCUGCUGGUUCUCCUGGAGCGACUGCGAGAAAGAAGCGGGAAAAUUGUUGAGAUUUACACGGCUCUUGAUUUCUUUGAGGAAGACCUACUCUGGCAUUUUCAAUCGAGAGGAGUUUGUGAGCAACAAGGACAUUUGGUGGCGAGUGCAUUGGGAUGAUCCGUACAACUACAUUUGCUAUGUGCUCCAUGACCACCAUGCAACAGGGCAAGGUUAUGCUGGGCUGUUGGUCGCGUUCAAUGCAGGGCAUGAGGUCCGGAGUUGUGACCUGCCAGAAGGCAAGCCCUGGUAUCGCAUCAUUGACACGACUUUGGCCCCGCCAAACGACAUUUGCGAAAAUGAAGCAUCUGCAAUAAAGAUCACCUCUCACUCCUACAUGAUGCAACCAUACAGCUGCAUUGUCCUGAAGACAUUCUCUGACAAGAAGUCCAUCAAGGAAUACGCAAAGAGUGAUGCAGAGUAUGGAGCUGAUCAGGACAUCGGUCGACACAUGAAGGAGAUCAUUCGACGAAGAAUGUCAAUGGAGUUCACUUCCUUUUCGGGCCAGCCGACAAUGGAGGAAAUCGGUCGGAGACAAAGCAUGGAGCGGGUGCAGUCAAUGGUGAGGAUGCGCUCAUUGAUGUCAGGUGCAUUCCUUGAUGCCAUGGAAGAGACCCCCUCCGGUGCUGCGAAGGAAGUCUCCUACGAACCACCCCCACGUGAGGCCACACCUCCGAGUCUCUCGAAGCGAACAGCGCCAAGCGCGCCCGGGAAACCCACCACAGGAGACAAAGGAAUUCAGGUGAUCGCCCAGGACUUGGGAGACAAAAGGGUUGAGGCACUGCUUCAUCCGGCAGAAGGGGGAGGUAGCAUUCUGGAAGUCAUGGCAAAAGGAUUUGGCUCAGGUGAGUUGAUCUUCCACUGGGGUGUGAUUGAAAGCCCCGGAGCAGGAUGGUCAAAUCCGCCCGCAGAGGUGCAGAACAACAGCUGGCCCACAAAGACCAAGACCUUUCCUGGAGCCAAUCAGACAACUUUCAGUCAGAAGGAAGCAGACGGGUUCAGACGAGUGUUGAUCACCUUCCCCAGCAAGUUCAAAGUGCGAUCUGUGAAUUUUGUUCUACAUGAGCCUCCAAAGGGGUGGCACAAACCAGGCAACGAUUUUUGCGCCGAGUGGCCUCAGGAUGAAUCCCUAUUUAAAGUUGCCGCUGACCGCGCCGUAGAUGCGGAGUCUGGAAGGUGCUGCUGCUUGGGACCACUGCUGGCACUUCCUUCUCACAUUGCCCGAUGUUUCUGCAGAUGUUUCCAGGGAAGAUGGUACUGGCCCUUCCGAGAGACAAUGAGAACCACGCGAUGGAAGGUGAAUGGUGGGAAUCUCAUGGGGGUUGCAGCCGUUUACGCGGAUGGUGCGGUUGUACACUUUGUCACCGAUCUGAACACUGAGCUAAUGCUGCAUUAUGGCUCAGGGGAUGCCUACAACAAGUGGAUCUUCGCAAGAUCUGUGAAUUUCCAGAGUGCUCCUGAACAGGGUGUGAAGGAAGUGGUGGUCAACCUGAAACCGGAAGAGGUCACCAAGAGGUUCAUGUUUGUGCUGAAGUUUCCCAACAAUCAUUGGGUCAAGGAUGGUGCGGAAGAUUUCAAGCUUUGGCUUCCUGAGGAUGAAUCCUUCGCUCAGGUGAAUUUCAUGUCCAUGAUCCCCGAGGAUAUGGAGGCGCGGAUCACAAAGCAGAAGGAGGAAGAAAAGAAGGCACAAGCAAAAGCUGAGGAGGCACGAAAGACUGCUGAGCGCCUUGCAAGCGAUUUCGACAACAAGUUGCGCCAAUUCCGCGAUGGUCGCAAGGAGCGAAAGGAUGCUGCAAAGGUGCAUUUCCAAAGCAUCACUUUGUCAGAGCAGGUAGGCGAUGUGGAUGUUGCCUGUCGCAGAGAGGGCAACGGCUUUGUUCUCGAGAUCACAGCUCUGAUGCAUCCUGACAAGGUACCGCUGGGAUCGGCCCUGCUUCACUGGGGUGUCCUGACCGACUUCCGGAAUCGAAGCUGGCACUGCCCUCCAGAGGAGAUUCUGCCUGCAAACAACACCAUCAUCGAUGCCAAGGCCUGCCAGACCCUUCUUGAUCCAUAUGAUGACGGCACAUCCUACGUUGAAAUUCAUCUUCCAACGUCUGCCAUUUCAGAUGAUGGAUGUGUCCCUUCCAUUCCGGGUAUGGCUUUCGUGAUUCGAGUGCCUGAGAAGGACAAAUGGCUGAAGUGUGAUGAUGGCAAGGAUUGUGUUGCAUUCUUCCGCGACCCUCCGAAGAAGCCAGCGGGAGCAUGGAAGGGCGGCUGGCAAGAUCAGGUGAAUCUCAUCAUGGACUCAGAAACUCAGUGGGGACACAUGACUCUGAUGCAUCGCUACAACAACUGUCGACAGGUCGUUGAAGCCUGGGCUGGCAAGAGCGAUUCAGGGCCAGCUGCAAUGAGGAGAAUGCCUUCCUGGAAUGCCACCUUCAACAAGGAGGCGUUGCGACGAGCGUCCUGGUCCAGGCUACCAUCUUCGUCCCUCCUUGUUGAUCCUGAUGAAGCGAAAGCAGAGGAGAUGGAUGAUGAAAUCUGGAGCUGGAUUUUUGUGUGGCAAAGGUUUUCCUACAUGCGCUUACUGGAUUGGCAGCGCAAUUACAACACCAAGCCCCGCGAGCUGGCUGGAGCCACUGACGCACUGGCCAACAAGAUUUGCAGCGUCUGGAAGGAAUACCCAAACAUUCGUCUUUGGGCAAGAUGGACACUUGCGACCAUUGGCAGAGGUGGCAAUCAGGGUCAGCAGAUUCGAGAUGAGAUCUUGCAUAUUAUGCACAGGAACAAGAUUCCAGAGACAGCGGGUCACUUCUACGAGCAGUGGCAUCAAAAGCUUCACAACAACACCACACCCGAUGAUGUCGGCAUUUGCAAGGCGUUGCUGGCCUUCCUCCGAACUGGCGGCAAGAUGGAGGAGUAUUGGAAGGUGCUCAACGACCAUGGCAUCACGAAGGAGCGCUUAGCCUCCUACGAGCGCUCCAUCACCAAGGAGCCAUACUUGCAUGGAGACUCUGGCCGCUUGAUCCUGGAGUUUGAGAACUAUUUGAGGAUUCUGCAGAGUGUUCAUGAUGCGCUUGACUUGAAGACUGCUAUUGAGGCUGCCAAAUCCUGCCUUCCUGGACAUAUCCUGGAGCAGCUCAAGGAUAUUUCUGGCGAUGGUGGUGAAGCCAAGAUGAGGCGGUCUCGAUCUUUGGGAACCUUGGACAAUGAGGCCCAAGAGAAGAGUCAUCAACGCUUUUCAAAGCUGACAGACGCACGACUAGCUAUCCUGGGCAUCUUGAACGACUCCAAGACCGACGUGGGAGUCAUUCGACAGCUGUUGCUACUGGACUAUUCACUGGAGACCCAGCAAUCUGUGAUUGCAAUGGGCACAACAUCGGAGACCCGGCUGCCAACACUUUGUGAGCAGAUGAAGGCAUUCCUAACUUCAGUGGUUGGGCACAUACCGCUGCAUGGUGAAUUGCGAGCUUUGCUCGUUGAUUGGAUUCAACUGGCACCAGAUUGUGCAAGUCUCAAGUUUGGAGAUAGCGCUGUGGAGAGCGCCUUGAUGUUGAAGGCUCUCUGUGAUCGCCUGGCCCGUGUGGUUGGGGAGCAAGUCGACACUUUCCAGACUCUUCUGGCGCCAAAGGCAAAUGCCUUGGGUAAUGCUGUCGGUGUGGAGAGGAACAUCCUGGAGGUCUUUGUUGAUGAGGUGCUUCGGGGCUCAGCUCUUUUUUCAUUGAGUCUGGUGCUGAAGCGCCUUGAACCGCAGCUGAGAAGCAUCGCGCAGCUGCCGCCUUGGCAGAUGAUUUCGUCCGUGGACCAUCUGGUACAAGGUGAGCUGGUUUCAGUUGAGCGUAUGCUCCACAUGCAGGACAAGAUCUUUGAGACGCCCACUGUGCUACUCAGUGGCCAUGUCAGUGGUGAGGAAGAGGUCCCAGUGGGUGUGCAGGCCGUGCUGGUACGAGAUGCAAAGUCAGCGCCAGACAUCCUGAGUCAUUGCGCAGUUCGAGCGCGAAACUCCGGGGUGCUUUUAGCAUCUUGCUACGAUUCAGAACUCACAAAGAAGAUCGAGAAUGAUCUGCUUGGGCAAUGGGUGGAGGUGACGUGCACAGCUGAUGGUUCCGUUGAGAUCAAGGCUGCUCAGAGACCUAUGGCAAAUCCCAAGAAGAUGAGAUGGAUGGCCCGAAGUGCAAGCCGCGAUUUGACACAGGAGCUGAUGGCAAUGAAGCCAGAUGAGACAAAGCUCGUGAACAUGAACCUCAAAAAUGACUUUAGAUGCAAAUGGGUUGUCACUCCCGAUGAGAUGGACAAACAGCAGGUUGGCAGCAAGAGUCUGAACCUGGCUUUGCUGAAACCGAAGUUGCCAGCGGAUAUUCGCACGCCACAAGCGGUGGCCAUGCCAUAUGGCUCCAUGCAGAAGGCCUUGUGCAGCCGAGAAAAUUCCAAGGAGUGGCUGUCCAAAUUGGAGGCAUGUUUGCAGCAGUUGCAGCCGACCACCAGCAACGAGGAUGCGAAGACCAUAUUUGAUGAAGCUCAGGUCUACAUCAAUGCUUUGCAGAUGCCAUCAGACCUGGAAGCAGCUCUGAGAAAUGCUAUGGAAACAGUGGGAAAGAAGGAAGGCGAGAGCCGCUUGCUGCAGCUCUUCCGCCGAUCUGAUGCCUGGGACGCCACCAAGCAGGUGUGGGCUUCGCUUUUCGGACUUCGACCCUGGGUGUCACUGGCAAAGGCUGGGAGAAGUUUCUACGACCUCAACAUGGCUGUUCUGGUUCAGGAGUUGUUACCCGCAAAGUAUGCCUUCGUCCUGCACACCAAGAAUCCUUUCACCCAAGAUGCAAACGAAGUCUAUGGAGAGGUGGUUCCAGGAAGAGGAGAAACACUGGUUGGCAACUAUCCAGGUCGCGCUUUGAGUUUCAGAGCUAAGCGUGGGAAGGAACCGGUGGUCACCUCCUUUCUGAGCAAAAGCACCUGGCUGCGGACACAGGAGUGCCUGAUUUUCCGGUCUGACAGCAAUGGGGAGGACUUGGAAGGAUUUGCCGGCGCUGGCUUGUUCGAGUCUGUUUGUUCAACGUCGGGAUCCCACCGUCAUGUGACCAGCUUUUUUGUCCCUGUGAAUCCAGCGAAACAGAGCCCAGUGAAGCUGGUGGUUUUCCAAGGUCAGAAUCUCUUGACAAAGCUGGCAGAGGCUGGGCGACACGUGGAGAAGGCUUUUGGUGGCCAACCUCAGGACAUUGAGGGCUGUGUGGAUCCACAAGAUCGGAUCUUCAUCGUGCAGAGUCGACCCCAGGUUUAG